UGAUCGCAGCGGUAUACAGCGGUAUUUAUUGCGCUGCUGCUCUCUUCUUGAUAUUGAUAGUUGUUGAUCUGAUUUCCUCUGAUCGGACCGAAAUGCAGGCGAAUUUGGCGCUGGCCAAGGGAGAGAUAGACAUGGAGGACACCAAGAUCAAGCUAGAGCCGCAGGACGAAGUGCCGCACAGUGCCGUCAAAAUUCUGAGCGCAUGUGACACGCUGAAUAUUUUGGACGAGGGAUCUGAAAUGAUAACAGUGCCGAUCAGGGAUCGUUUGCGCUCCGAGGACGAGCGCCUAUUUAUCGCCAGUCUUGGACUCGAUCAGCAACAGAUAUUUGCAUCUCCAUCGGAUAACAACCCAACCCGAAAAGUUUGCAGUAUUUGCCAGUAUAAGUUUAAAAGCCAACUGGAUAUAUCAGGGCACCAGGUUCACCAUGAAAUGAACUUUCAUUUCUGUCGCCUGGGCUGUGGCAUAUGGUUGGAUACUCUCGAAAAGAUCCUUGAGCAUGAAUAUCGUCAACACUCCCAGCCGGGACAUGUGUUUUGCUGUAGGGUUUGCGAUUUUUUGGCAAAGGGUGCGGACGACCUGGCCCGCCACAUGCAACGGCACAUUUACGUAUAUCGCUUUGUUUGUUCCAUUUGUCGUCGACAUUUUGAUUCCAAGCAGAGUCUUAAUUUGCAUAGGAAGCAGAGCCAGGACGCUUGCAGACGUGUGGAUUUCAGACAGGGGCUAUCUUUGAAGCCAGAACUUGUGGCAGUUAGUACGCCGGUGCCUUCAGAGUCUUUUUGCAAUGUGCAGAUAAAAGAGGAGCCCAUUACCGCAGACGAUGGAGAUCAAAUGCUAUUGGAAGACAACCCUACACUUAACAUAAAAUUGGAAGUACAGGACGACGAAAUGCCAGAUGUCAGCAUUAAGGAGGAACAGUCAAAUGAUACGAUCUGGCCAGCCAUACCUACUCCGCUAAGGAAUAAACUGCGCCUGCCAGCUUUGAGCUCCACCAAAAAGCCGUUGGACCUAAAAACAGGUGUUAAGCGUAAUGGACUACCAACAUCUAACGCGGAAUCUCUUAACAAAAAAUCCCUUCACGCAGCGAUCUCCGAUAAUUCAAAUAUUCUUCAAAUUUCAAAUUCUUCAAUUGCAGCCAAUAUACUAAAAGUGUUACCCAGUAACUGCAUGGUCAUCAAGUUGCCCCCCAACACAAAAAUUUUUAAGAUGCCAGGUCAAGCUCCAACUGUCCCUAAGGAAUCUCUUACUGUAACUGUGAAUGGUACGGAGAAUUUUAACAAUGUCAUAAAGAUUCCGCAGGCGACAAGUAUAAGUACCGUCAGUUCUGUUGAUAGUCCUCCAAGUAUUGCUACUCCUGAUACUGUUACGACUGUGCUACCACCCCAAACUCACGGUCGAUCAUCGUGCUUCCUUGUCGACGCGUUUAACAAAUCUGAGAGCAGACCCGAGUCCAUGAAGAUAAUCAAUGAAUUUCGUAAUCAAAUUCGCUCCAUAGAAAAGACAUUGCCACUACCAGGAACAGUGCUACAAUCCUCCAAAGUAAAGAUUAAUGAAUCAACACCAUCUUCUAAGGAUGCACCCAGACCCGUAGAAGUGAUUUUCAACCGCUUGUCUUUUCUGGUGGCCAAGGGGCUUCAUAUUCAGUACCCGCUAUAUCGUUUCAUGUGGACUUGUCCGCUAUGCCAGCGAAUUUUUGAAAAGCAUUGCGUAUUUCGUACGCAUCUGGUUAGCAAGCAUGACUUAACGGAUGAAAAGUGUAACUCUCUUAAAGUGGUCUUAAUGCCUUCUAAAAUACUUUCCGAGGACUCAGGAAAUGCUGCAACUGAAAAAGUAAAUGCGCCAUCGGCUACGAUUGUGGAAUCGAAUCCACAAUCGCCAGUUAUUCCUCCAGAAGUACACAAUACUGUUAAUUCACCUUUUCUUGUAAGCGGAGUGGUUGCUCCUUUAACAGAUCAGACUUCAGCACUAUCCAAUAUUCCUGUUAACAAAGGUUUAUCACCGACAAGUAUAAAUAAGCAAACAUCAAGAGGCUCCAAGAAGUCCAAGAACAAUCAACUGAAUUGUACACAGUUCCAGUGUACCGAAUGCUCAAAAGUGUUUACUACUUUUGGAGCCCUCCGCAUUCACAAGUCAAUACACACGGGAGAACUGCCUCACAAGUGCAACUACUGUGACAAGCGUUUCCGAACUCCUGGACAAGUGCGAGUUCAUCACCGUCGCCACACCGGAGAGAAACCAUUUAAGUGCAAGAUUUGCUCGCUGGACUUUACUCACCGGGAAACUUUAAUUUCCCAUCUAUCGCGUCAUAUUGGGAUGAAGCGGUAUAAAUGCUACGGAUGCGAUAAAUACUUCGUAGUUGUCAGCGGCUUACGUGCCCAUCGUCGUCUCCGGCCAGACACAUGUGGGAAGGUGAAGUUCACGGCUCGAGCCCAUGGUCCCCGCGUGCGGGUCAUCAGGGGGGAGGUGGUGUUCGAGCAUCACCCAGAGCACAACGGCUACCUACGCAGUGAAGACCCGCUCAACAUUUUGUCCCAACGUGAUCAAACCGACUCAACCCAACCAGAAACUGCAAAGGGUAUAAAUUAAUUGUUUUUUUUUUUUUUUACUGUACAAUAUCUUUACUGUGUUUAACGCCAUUUCGAUAUAGAUCGUAUUUUUUUGAAAAACGCGAUGAUUUAUUCAUUAGGAAAUAGGAUCUGGAUCCAUAGAAAUUAACAUUGAUAUUGCCAUGAAUUACCAUUAAUUUCUAAGUCUUCAAUUGUUCCAACAAAGUCCAUAAAAAUAUACGUAUGUGCUAUUAAAAAUAUA